UGGCUUGGAGUCGUCGUCGUCUUUCGCCUCGCCCGGUCACCGAUCUCAAGUCCCCCCCCCCUUUUUUUUUCAUUCUCCCCUCUUUUUUUGGCUUGAGCAGCAACUUUCUUUUCCCCUCUCUGUCCCUUGUUUCUUCUCCCGCGCGUGACAGCAGAGGAGGCAAGACCCGCGGCGCACUCGGGCAGGAGCGGCCGAAGCGGGGCCACCGGGGGACCCAGCCAGCCACCCAGCCAGCCACCCCCGGCUGCCCAGCGAGGAACGGACAGAAGCCCCGGCACUGGUCCGAGGGUCCCAAGUGCAGGCGGCGGGUGACUUGUCCGGCCUCCCUCUCUCUCUCUCUCAUGCACGGCGAUCGCCCCGUACGGGUGCUGGUGCCAGAAGGAAAGAAUGAUUGAUGUCAGAGAGGCUGUAGACGCUCAUCAUUUUGCUCUACCAACUGAUUUAUCCAUCUGUCUGGCUAUCCCUCGUGUGGGGAAAGGGAAGGAUUGCUCGGGAUUACUGACAGCCCUGCUGAUGACCGGAAACCCUGCUAAACUUGUCAUCUGCUUGUGAACAAUAUUUUCAUAUAUGCUAAAAGACCUCAGAUCCACCUUUGAAUGCAACAAACAUCCUUCUGAUUACUUUGAACAACAUCUCUUCAGUAUGAUAGGCUUCCACCAAAGUUUUCAACUUUAAAAAAAACCACAAGAAUCAUUAUUUUGCUCAUAGGAUUCUGGAACACAUUUUACAAUAACAUCAGCCGCUUACGUGUACAUAGAUGUAUAAUAUAAACUGGUUAUAGUUAUCAAGGCCCUGUCAAGGAUUUAGAGAUGUAUUUGUCAAGAUUCUUGUCGCUUCACACCCUUUGGGUUACUGUGUCGUCGGUGAUACAGCACUAUCCUUCAGUAUGGGGUCACUAUGAUGUGUGUAAAACCCAGAUUUACACAGAUGAAGGAAAGUUCUGGGAUUACACAGCCUGUCAACCAGAAGCCAUGGAUAUGAUGAAAUAUGUGAAAGUAAACCUGGAUCCACCUAAUAUAACAUGUGGAAAUCCACCAGAGACCUUCUGUGGAAUGGGGAAUCCCUACAUGUGCAAUGAGUGUGAUUCAGCUAUAGAUGAGUUGGCGCAUCCACCGGAACUGAUGUUUGAUGCUGAAGGAAGACAUCCCUCAACGUUUUGGCAGUCUACCACUUGGAAGGAAUACCCAAAGCCUCUCCAGGUGAACAUCACCCUUUACUGGAACAAAACUAUUGAACUAACGGACAACAUCGUCAUCACGUUUGAAUCUGGCCGUCCAGAUCUAAUGAUCCUGGAGAAGUCCCUGGACUAUGGUCGGACGUGGCAGCCCUACCAGUAUUACGCUACAGACUGUUUAAAUGCUUUCAACAUGGAACCAAAAACAGUGAGGGACUUAACCCAACAAACUGUCCUAGAAAUCAUUUGCACAGAAGAAUAUUCAACGGGGUACAUGGCAAACAGUAAAAUCCUUCACUUUGAGAUCAAGGAUAGAUUUGCACUUUUUGCAGGGGCUCGGCUUCACAAUAUGGCUUCUCUGUAUGGGCAGCUCGACACAACCAAGAACCUAAGAGACUUCUUUACUGUCACAGACUUGAGAAUAAGACUGCUCAGGCCAGCAACAGGGGAAAUAUAUGUGGAUCCACAACACCUGACACGCUUCUUUUAUGCAAUCUCAGACAUAAGAGUAGUUGGAAGGUGCAAGUGCAAUCUUCAUGCCACUGGCUGCAGAGAAGAAAACAAAAGAUUGCUAUGUGAAUGUGAGCACAACACAACAGGCCCAGACUGUGGGAAAUGUAAGAAGAAUUAUCAGGGACGGCCAUGGAGCCCAGGCUCCUACCUCCCCAUUCCUAGGGGCACAGCAAAUAUCUGUAUGCCCAGUAUUUCCAGCAUCGGUACUCCUCCAAAGUUUGAUAGGAUAUGGCCGAAUAUAUCUUCCCUUGGGGUUUCUAACCCAAAUCAAGUUGCUCCAAAUUUAGCUAUAUCUACUGUUUCUUCUGUUCAAGUUGCCAUUCCCAAGAGAGACUGUGAAUGCUUCGGCCACUCCAACCGGUGCAGUUACAUCGAUGUGCUCAGUACAUUCAUUUGCGUGAGCUGUAAACACAACACUAGAGGGCAGCACUGUGAGUUGUGCAGGCUGGGCUACUACAGAAAUGCUUCUGCAAAGCUGGACGAUGAAAAUGUAUGCAUAGAAUGUAAUUGUAGCCAUAUUGGCUCAGUCCGUGAUCGCUGUAAUGAAAAAGGAAUUUGUGAGUGUAAGCAGGGAACAACAGGGCCUAAGUGUGAUAAGUGUCUGCGGGGAUAUUACUGGCACAACCAGGGUUGUCAAUCAAACGUAUGUGACAACGAACUUCAGAUAUGCCAGAAUGGGGGAACGUGCGAGAAGAACAUACGCUGCCUGUGCCCACCAGCAUACACUGGUGUACUGUGCGAGAAGCGGCGAUGUGAAAUGGAUCCAGAAGGUUGCAACUCCGGGCAAGGAGCAUUAACAUUAUCACACCUGAUACUUCUAUUACCACUGGCUGCUCCAUUCGGACUCAGUGGCUUUUUCAUAUUCUAGGCCACACCGCAUUGGAGGCAUUGACUUCAACUGUUCUCAAAGGAAUGUACUACAGGAAAAGCAAGAAAGGAAGCAAUGACAACAGAAGUAGCCAGCAAAUGCUACCAGUUCUUUACAAAAUAAUAAAGGGGGGGAAUGUAAAAAUCUCCACACAUAUAUAGACUGAAAAAGGCCUAACAGAACUAAGCCAUACCUAUCCGUUGUGGACAACCCAGCAAGUCAAGACUGUUACUUUCUGGCUCAAGCUUCAGCAAGCAGCUGCCAAUACUAUCACUAUUACUCACAACCUCAGCUGCAAAAGCUUUCACAGGAUCGAAAAGGUUUUGGUCGCCGCCCCCUGGACAGGAAUACAAAAACAAAACAAAACAAACCACAAAGACCGAAAACCACCAAACCUUGGCUCCUUCAAUCUGGUGCGCAACUGUACCUCUUCCCAGUGUGUGGACCAACCAAAUAGAGGCAUUCUUUGCUGUCAGUGCAUUGUGGGUAUAAGGAAAUCUGUUUCAAAGCUGCCAUAUUGGCUUGCUUCUGCCCCUCAGUCCCCUUCCAACUGUGCUUUAGUGAACGUUGCUCUGUAAACCCUUGUUGGUUGAACGAUUUCUUUGUCUGAUGUUAGUAACGCACACGUGUACCAGUCCCUCCUCAAUAAAUUUCAAGCCAGUCAUACCCUUGUAUAUGUUAGCAGUACUGCACCAAGUCAGUGCAGUGCUCAUCUAUUGUACAAGAGUGGCUAUAGGACAAAAAAGGGAGUGUAUUUAUCCUUUUGUAUUCAAAUGAAGUUAUUUUUCUUGACUAACGUAAGACGUAGAUUUUUUGUAUUAUUGCCAAUUUGUGUUAACAGACAAUUUAGUAAUGUACGUUAAUCUUAAUCAGAUAAAGGGGGGAAGUUGAUUUUUAGUUCAUCCUCUUUUUUUCCCUUUUCUUUCUUUUCCUUUGCAUUUAAUUGUGCAGAGAUUUCUCUGUAUGGGCAACGUGCUGGCAUCAAAGAAUAUCAGUUUACAUAUUAUAGCAAGUGUAAUAAGAUUCCACCAAAGGACAUUCUAAAUGUUUUCUUGUUGCUUUAACACUGGAAGAUUUAAGAGAAUAAAAAUUCCUGCGUAAACUA